AUGCACUUCACCAACGCCGCCAUCCUCCUGCUGGGUGCCCUGCAGCCCGCUCUCGGCAAGCCUGCCCUCCUGCACCGCGCGGGCGACGGAACCCAAAAUGAGAUUCUGUCGCAGUGGCUGACGGCCACCGAGACCGUAAUCAACUUCUUCGCCCCGAGCCCCGGGUGCGGCAACAACCGCGCCUGGGUCGGCGUCUGGCCCGUCGACGCCUGCAACCCCUACUGGGCCGACUUCAAGACGUGGCAGUACGUCGAGCCCACCACGGGCUACGACCUGCGCACCGUCAAGUUCAACAACGCCGAGCUCGGCGUCGGCGAGUACAAGGCCGCCUUUGUCUGCGAGGACGGCAAGAGGUCGCCAUGGAUGGUCUCCGAGACCUUCAAGGUCGAUGCGGCACCCCGAGAGGAAAAGGGCUGGUGCGUGCACCGCCAGUCUACAUACAACACGGCCUGGACAUAUACGGCAUGCGACAAGGUCAAGGACGGCCUUUGCUUUGACUGCGCCUUUGGCGGUAGCUGCAUCGCAUGCAGCGACUGCAAGGACCAGUGUGAGCUUUCCGAAUAA